AUGCGUGUCCAGUGGUCGCCCGAGUUGCAAGAUGAGGCUGUCGACGAACUUGACGCAGAGAGAGAAAGUACACGCCACCAAGCUCAACAAGGUGCAGAAGGUGGAGCACCAAUAGCUGGACAAGUUUCAUCCUUACCACAAAAUCCUCAAGCAAAUAAUACAGCAGCAUCAGUUGUUGAAGAGAUUUCAUCAUUUCCUCGAAAUACUCAAACAAAUAUAACAGAAUUCUGUCAUAGGCCACCGUCAACAAAGAAAGUGGAAAAAAUUGAUAAGCAGGUACUUAAGAUGAUUGCGAAAGGUCACCACGCCUUAAGAAUAGUGGAAGAACCAGAAUUCAAAAAACUUUUGGAAAUGGUUUCUCAUUGUCCUGGUUAUAAGCUCCCCUCCAGGAAAACUCUGUCAACAAAUCUCAUGGCCGAAGCCUACAAUGAGUUGUUAGAAAAAAUAAAAAUUAGAAUUAAAGGGGCUGCAGCCGUCUGCCUCACUACAGAUGGAUGGCAAUCCAGAACAACAAGUAGCUUUAUAGCCAUUACCGCUCAUUUCAUUAAUGAUAGCGCUGAACUGGAAAGUUACUUGCUAGGAUGUGACGAAUUUGUAGAUAGCCAUACCGCAUCAAAUCUAUAUAACUUCAUCAGAACAACCUGCGAAGAUUUUAAUAUAUCCAAUAAGGUGACUGCUAUUGUCAGUGAUAAUGCUGCUAAUAUUAAAGCAGCUAUUCGUCUUGGAGGUUGGAGGGGAAUUUCCUGUUUUGCGCAUUCACUUCAUCUCAUUGUAAUGGAUGGCAUGAAGACAAUUGACGAAACUCUCUCAAAAGUUAAAAAAGUAGUGGAGCACUUUCGACGAAGUCCAUCUGCAUUAAAAAAGCUGUUGGAAAUACAAAAGCAAAUGGGCCUCCCUGAGGUUAAACUCAAACAAGAUGUGCCUACCAGGUGGAAUUCCAGCUACUUAAUGCUUGAACGAGUCAUUCAUUUGAAGGAUGCUCUAAUAGCCACUUAUUCGAUUCUGCAUCUGAACAUGCCGUUGAGCGUUUCGGAUUGGGAAAUAAUUGAAGAAGCAAUGCCCUGCCUCCUGCCUUUUUACCAAAUAACUCAAGAGCUCUUCAGAAGUUUUUGGUUAAUACAAAACCAAAAAACGAAGUAG